UGUCAGCUCCACCAGCUCUCUGCGCUUGCGCUCUCAUGCCUCCAGAUUUUCCUUUUCCGGGUCCUAACUGGGUUUACCGGGCGCAUGCGCCACUGCAGGCUGGCGGCUCGCGGUUUCUUCUUCCGGCCUUCCCGUUGGGCCGGCACCGGCAGAAGCGGGACGAACGCAGGUCCCCAAGCGAGUAACCUACGACCCCGGAAGUGGACUUCAGGGUCCCGGGGCUUUCCCCGGUCGGGAGCCAAGGGAGUCGUUGCCUGCACUCCGGGAGCACCUACCCCACGCCCACCUCUGGAUGCCGCCGACGGGUGCUCGAUCUGUGUCCCGCGCCUGCCUGCUGGUUCGGCACCCCGGAGCAGUUCUGGGCCAGGGGUGGGGGCCCAGACCCCGCCCCUGAUGCAGCCCCACCCCCGUGCCCGGGCCGCACACCGCUGACUGCUCCGGCCGGCCCCGCCCCCUGCCCGCACCCUCGCCUCGCCGAUCCCCUCCCCCUCUGGGGGAGGCCAUGGCGUGAGGGCGAGACCGAGCCCCGGGGCCUUCGGGCGCCAGGCGGGGCAUGGACCGGGGGCCGCCCCCAUGAGGGUCCCGGCAGGGGGGCGCGCGCAGCAGCGGCAGGGCCAUGGGGUCUCAGGUGUUGCAGAUCCUGCGCCAGGGGGUGUGGGCCUCGCUCACCGGCGGUUGGUUCUUCGACCCGCAUCAGAGCACCUUCUCCAACUGCUUUCACCUCUAUGUCUGGAUCUUCCUGCUCACCUUUCCCUUCUUGCUGUACAUGGUCCUGCCCCCCAGCUUGAUGGUGGCUGGCGUGUACUGCCUCGUGGUUGCUAUCAUCUUCACUACCAUCAAGACUGUGAACUAUCGACUGCAUGCCAUGUUCGACCAGGGAGAGAUUGUGGAGAAGCGCAACUCGACCAUGGGGGAGCAGGAAGAAGAGCCUGCCCAGGGGGACAGCAGUCUGCCCAGGGACCCAGGUGUGGAGAUGACUGUGUUUCGGAAAGUGAGUUCCACACCCCCAGUGCGCUGCAGUUCUCAGCAUUCCGUGUUUGGCUUCAACCAGGUCUCGGAAUUAUUGCCCCGGAUGGAAGACUCUGGACCCCUCAGGGAUAUCAAGGAGCUGGUGCGGGAGCAGGGCAGCAACAAUGUGAUCGUGACCUCUGCCGAUCGAGAGAUGCUGAAGCUCAGUUCACAGGAAAAAUUAAUUGGAGACCUUCCCCAGACACCCCCAGGAGCUGUCCCAGACCCCUCUCUCCCCAGCACAGACUCUUCAGAACGUUCUCCCCUGGCUGGAGAUGGAGCUCCUUGGGGUGGGAGCAGCAUGGUUGACACUCCCAUGAGCCCCUUACUGAAGGGGAGCCUUAGCCAGGAGCUAAGCAAGAGCUUUCUGACCCUGACCCGGCCUGACCGGGCUCUGGUGAGGACCAGCAGUCGAAGGGAACAACACCGAGGAGCCAGCGGCUACCAGCCCCUGGAUCGGCGGGGCUCAGGUGAGCCCACACCCCAGAAAGCUGGCUCAUCAGACUCCUGCUUCAGUGGCACUGACAGGGAAACGUUGAGCAGCUUCAAGAGCGAGAAGACCAACUCAACGCACCUGGACAGCCCCCCUGGUGGACAAGCCCCUGAGGGCAGUGACACAGAUCCUCCCUCUGAGGCUGAGCUGCCUGCCUCACCUGAUGCUGGCGUCCCCUCAGAUGAUACACUGCGUUCCUUUGACACAGUCAUUGGAGCAGGGACACCACCAGGCCCAGUCGAGCCACUCCUGGUUGUACGGCCUAAGGACUUGGCCCUACUACGGCCUAGCAAACGGCGGCCACCCAUGCGAAGACACUCUCCACCUGGCCGUGCUCCUCGACGGUCCCUGCUUGAGGGCGGGGGCUUCUUCGAGGAUGAAGACACCAGUGAGGGCAGCGAACUGAGCCCGGCCUCCAGUCUCCGAUCACAGCGGCGCUACAGUACUGAUAGCUCCUCAUCUACUUCUUGCUACUCCCCUGAGAGCUCCCAGGGUGCAGCAGGGGGGCCUCGGAAGCGGCGGGCCCCUCAUGGAGCUGAGGAGGGGACUGCUGUGCCCCCCAAAAGGCCCUAUGGGACCCAGCGGACGCCCAGUACAGCCAGUGCUAAAACACAUGCUCGUGUGCUAAGCAUGGAUGGGGCAGGGGGUGAUGUCUUAAGGGCUCCCCUGGCCGGCUGCAAGGCUGAGCUGGAGGCCCAGGUGGGAGUGGAGCUCGCUGCUGGGGAUCCUGCUGUGCUGACUGCUGAGGCCCGCAGUGGGCCUGCUGCCAACCAGCCAGGCUGGCGGGGGGAGCUGCCUGAGGAAGGUGCUGUUGGUGGAGCUCUGUUCAAGCCUCUGUCACUUAUGCUCGGGGCCUCUCUCUGGACAGCGACUGAGGAGACAGGCAAGCGGGACCGCUCAAGCAGUGUGAGGCGGACCCAAGCAAUCCGGAGGCGCCACAACGCAGGCAGCAACCCCACCCCACCGGCCUCUGUCAUGGGCUCGCCACCCAGCAGCCUGCAGGAGGCUCAGCGGGGCCGGGCUGCCUCCCACUCCCGGGCGCUGACGCUGCCCUCCGCCCUGCACUUCGCCUCUUCACUACUGCUGACCCGGGCUGGCACCAACGUGCACGAGGCCUGUACUUUUGACGACACCUCUGAGGGUGCCGUGCACUAUUUCUACGACGAGAGUGGUGUGCGACGUUCCUAUACCUUCGGCCUGGCUGGAGGUGGCUAUGAGAAUCCAGUGGGGCAGCAGGGGGAGCAGGCGGCCAAUGGAGCAUGGGACCGCCACUCACAUUCCUCCAGCUUCCACUCAGCUGAUGUUCCUGAGGCAACAGGAGGCUUGAACUUGCUGCAGCCGAGGCCUGUGGUUCUUCAGGGUAUGCAGGUGCGCCGGGUGCCGCUGGAGAUCCCAGAGUUUGACCUGCUGGACCAGGACUCCCUGCACGAAUCCCAGGAGCAGACACUGAUGGAGGAGGCGCCACCCCGUGCCCAGCAUAGCUACAAGUACUGGCUCUUUCCUGGCCGCUGGACCUCUGUGCGCUAUGAGCGGCUUGCCCUGCUGGCUCUCCUGGACCGGACGCGGGGGGUGGUCGAGAACAUCUUCGGCGUUGGGCUGAGCAGCCUGGUUGCUUUCCUGGGCUACCUGUUGCUGCUCAAGGGCUUCUUCACUGACAUCUGGGUCUUCCAGUUCUGCCUGGUCAUCGCCUCCUGUCAGUACUCCUUGCUCAAGAGUGUGCAGCCUGAUGCGGCAUCUCCCAUGCACGGCCACAACUGGGUGAUCGCAUACAGCCGGCCCGUCUACUUCUGCAUCUGCUGCCUGCUCAUCUGGCUGCUGGAUGCCCUGGGCUCAGCACAGCCCUUCCCGCCCGUCUCCCUCUAUGGCCUCACACUCUUCUCUGCCUCUUUCUUCUUCUGUGCCCGAGAUGUGGCCACUGUGUUCACCUUAUGCUUCCCUUUCGUCUUCCUCCUGGGCCUCCUACCCCAGGUCAACACCUGCCUCAUGUACCUGCUGGAGCAGAUAGAUAUGCAUGGCUUUGGGGGCACAGCUGCCACCAGCCCGCUCACUGCAGUCUUCAGUCUUGCUCGUAGCCUUCUGGCUGCUGCCCUUCUCUACGGCUUCUGCCUCGGGGCCAUCAAGACUCCUUGGCCAGAGCAGCACGUCCCUGUCCUCUUCUCAGUCUUCUGUGGCCUCCUGGUGGCGCUGUCCUACCAUCUGAGCCGGCAGAGCAGCGACCCCACUGUGCUCUGGUCCCUGGUACGGAGCAAGCUCUUCCCUGAGCUAGAGGAGCGGAGCCUGGAGACGGCCCGAGCUGAGCCCCCAGACCCGCUACCAGAAAAAAUGCGCCAGUCUGUGCGUGAGGUCCUGCACUCCGACCUGGUGAUGUGUGUGGUGAUUGCUGUGCUCACCUUCGCCAUCAGCGCCAGCACCGUCUUCAUUGCCCUAAAGUCGGUGCUGGGUUUUGUAUUGUACGCGCUGGCCGGGGCAGUGGGAUUCUUCACACACUACCUGCUGCCACAGCUGCGCAAGCAGCUGCCCUGGUUCUGCCUCUCACAGCCCGUGCUGAAGCCAUUGGAAUACAGCCAGUAUGAAGUGCGCGGCGCUGCCCAAGUGAUGUGGUUUGAGAAACUGUAUGCUGGCCUGCAGUGUGUCGAGAAGUAUCUCAUCUACCCUGCCGUGGUGCUCAAUGCUCUCACAGUGGAUGCCCACACUGUUGUCAGCCACCCGGACAAAUUCUGCCUCUACUGCCGGGCACUGCUGAUGACUGUGGCUGGUCUGAAGUUGUUACGCUCGGCCUUUUGCUGCCCACCUCAGCAGUACCUGACCUUGGCCUUCACAGUCCUGCUCUUCCACUUUGACUACCCACGCCUCUCCCAGGGCUUUCUGCUGGACUACUUCCUCAUGUCCCUGCUCUGCAGCAAACUGUGGGACCUGCUGUACAAGCUGCGUUUUGUGCUGACCUACAUCGCUCCCUGGCAAAUCACCUGGGGCUCGGCCUUCCACGCCUUUGCCCAGCCCUUCGCAGUGCCACACUCGGCCAUGCUGUUUGUCCAGGCCCUGCUCUCAGGGCUCUUCUCCACACCCCUCAAUCCUCUACUGGGCAGUGCGGUGUUCAUCAUGUCUUAUGCAAGGCCUCUCAAGUUUUGGGAGCGUGACUACAACACUAAGCGUGUGGAUCAUUCCAACACCCGCCUGGUGACGCAGCUGGACCGGAACCCUGGCGCUGAUGACAACAACCUCAAUUCCAUCUUCUAUGAGCACUUGACGCGCUCACUGCAGCACACGCUGUGUGGGGACCUGGUGCUGGGCCGCUGGGGCAACUAUGGCCCUGGUGACUGCUUCGUCCUGGCUUCCGACUACCUCAAUGCACUAGUGCACCUCAUCGAGGUUGGCAAUGGCUUUGUCACCUUCCAGCUGCGUGGCCUUGAGUUCCGGGGCACGUACUGCCAGCAGCGUGAGGUGGAGGCCAUCACCGAAGGUGUAGAGGAGGAUGAGGGCUGCUGCUGCUGUGAGCCUGGCCAUUUGCCACGGGUCCUGUCCUUCAAUGCUGCCUUUGGGCAGCGCUGGCUGGCCUGGGAGGUGACGGCCAGUAAGUACGUGCUGGAGGGCUACAGCAUUAGCGACAACAACGCCGCCUCCAUGCUGCAGGUCUUUGACCUCCGCAAGAUUCUCAUCACCUACUAUGUCAAGAGCAUCAUCUACUAUGUGAGCCGCUCCCCAAAGCUGGAGGCCUGGCUGAGCCACGAGGGCAUCGCAGCUGCUUUGCGGCCCGUUAGAGCCCCCGGCUAUGCCGACUCAGAUCCCACCUUUUCGCUGAGUGUGGAUGAGGACUAUGACCUUCGCCUUUCCGGCCUCUCGCUGCCUUCCUUCUGUGCUGUGCACCUCGAGUGGAUCCAGUACUGCGCCUCCCGGCGUGGCCAGCCCGUGGACCAGGACUGGAACUCGCCGCUGGUCACGCUGUGUUUUGGCCUGUGUGUACUGGGCCGCCGAGCCCUGGGGACAGCCUCUCACAGCAUGUCUGCCAGCCUGGAGCCCUUCCUCUAUGGCCUACACGCUCUGUUCAAGGGGGACUUUCGCAUCACCUCCCCACGUGAUGAGUGGGUCUUUGCCGACAUGGACCUGCUUCACCGUGUAGUGGCACCUGGGGUUCGCAUGGCUCUCAAGCUUCACCAGGACCACUUCACAUCCCCAGAUGAAUAUGAGGAACCUGCGGCCUUGUAUGAUGCCAUUGCAGCCAACGAGGAGCGGCUGGUCAUUUCACAUGAAGGUGACCCAGCCUGGCGUAGUGCCAUCCUCAGCAACACACCCUCCCUGCUGGCACUGCGCCACGUCAUGGACGAUGCAUCUGAUGAGUACAAGAUCAUCAUGCUAAACCGCCGCCACCUCAGCUUCCGAGUCAUCAAGGUGAAUCGCGAGUGCGUGCGUGGCCUGUGGGCUGGGCAGCAGCAGGAGUUGGUGUUCCUGCGUAACCGCAACCCUGAGCGUGGCAGCAUCCAGAACGCCAAGCAGGCACUCCGCAACAUGAUCAAUUCCUCCUGUGACCAGCCACUGGGCUACCCCAUCUAUGUGUCACCCCUCACCACCUCACUGGCUGGCAGCCACCCCCAGCUGCGAGCGCUGUGGGGCGGCCCCAUCAGCCUGGGUGCCAUCACCCGCUGGCUCCUGCGCAGCUGGGAGAGGCUUCAUAAGGGCUGUGGUGCUGGCUGCAAUAGCGGUGGGAAUGUGGAUGACUCGGACUGUGGUGGGGGCAGCGGCCUGACUUCCCUCAGUGCUAAUCCCCCCUUGGCACACCCGACGCCUGAGAAUACAGCAGGCAGUGGCGACCAACCCCUCCCACCAGGCCCUGGCUGGGGGCCGCGGCCUUCCCUGAGCAGCUCUGGUGAUGGACGUCCCCCUGCUCUAUUGCAGUGGCCUCCCCCUCGGCUCCCUGGUCCACCCCCUGCCUCACCUGUUCCCACUGAGGGUCCCCGGUCCUCGCGGCCCCCUGGUCCUGGUCUCGGUUCUGAGGGGCCCAGUGGAAAGUGGAGCCUGGGGGGUCGGAAGGGUCUGGGAGGAUCUGAUGGAGAACCAGCCUCAGGGAGCCCCAAAGGAGGCACCCCCAAAUCUCAGGUGCCUCUAGACCUCAGCCUCAGCCCGGAUGGCAGCUCUGAGGCCUCACCCCCCAGAGCAGCACAGGAUAUUUCUUGCUUGGACAGCAGUGCUCCCGAGAGUGGCACACCCACUGAGGCCCCAGCUGACUGGCCUGUCCCUGCUGAGGAACGCGAAAGUCCGGCUGCCCAGCCAUUGCUGGAGCACCAAUACUGAGCAGCCUGGCGUCCACUGGAUCCCAUCAUAGGACUCAGUAACUUGGACUUCCUCUGCUGCCUCUGGCCCUCUCUGUUGGACCACAGAACUGAGUGGCUUUGGCUCCCACAUCUGAACCCUGACCUCUGGCUGCCUCAGCCAAAGUACCAGAACUGAAUGGCCUGGACCUCUGACCUUGACCCCUGAUCUCAUUCCUAAUUUACGGCCUGGGUACCCCAAACUGAGGCAGUCAGCUUCCCAGCCAGGCCCUAAAAGCCAAACCCAUGGGCUGGUCCCGCUUUGAGCCCAUGGCCAGGACUGACUUGGUCCCUGGGCCUGCACUGCCUGCAAGGGUGGUCCCCUUGUCCUGGACCUGGGGCUUGAAAUGUGGCAAGGGUUGUUUCUUCUUUUUUUUUUUUUUUGGUCAUUUUUUUUUUCGUGCUUCAGAGACACCAGAAUUAAUAACACUAUUUUUGAUUUUGAU